CAGAGGGAGGGCCGGGCCGAGGGAGGGGAAGGGGCCGGUCCUGCCCGCGCAGGCGGCGCGGCGGCAGCAGCGUCGGAUCCGCGCCCGGCCGCCCCGGGGCCGCCGUCUCCACCGCGCGCGGUACAGGGAAAUGCUAGAACUAGUGAUCUCACCCAGCCUCACCGUCGACAGGGAUCGUCCCGGGAACCUGAAGCUCGCUCGUGCCGACACCGAUGUCUGGGCUCUGAGUAGCAGAGAAGACAGCACCACGUCGGCCUCCCCGAGCAACCCCCAGCCCCUUGCCCGGUCUUGCCCUCGAGUCGUGCCCAGCCAGCCUCCCGUGGCCAUGGCCGCUUACGGCCAGACGCAGUACAGCGCCGGGAUCCAGCAGGCUGCCCCCUACACGGCCUACCCCACGCCCGCACAGGCCUACGGAAUCCCCUCCUACAGCAUCAAGACAGAAGACAGUUUGAACCAUUCCCCGGGCCAGGGUGGAUUCCUCGGCUACGGCUCCAGCUUCAGCACCCCGGCCGCUGGACAGAGCCCGUACGCCUACCAGAUGCACGGCACAGCCGGGAUCUACCAAGGAGCCAGCGGGCUGGCCAACGCCGCGGGGUUCGGAAGCGUACACCAGGAGUACCCGUCCUACGCCGGCUUCCCGCAGAGUCAGUACUCGCAGUAUUACAGCUCGUCCUACAGCCCGUCCUACGUCCCCGCCGCCAGCAUCUGCCCGUCCUCCCCACUCGCCACGUCCGCGUACGCACUCCAGGAGGCCGCCCACGCCAGCGCCAACCAGGGGUCCGAGUCGCUCACUGGUGAAUUCAACACACACAACGGGCCUUCCACGCCGGCGAAAGAAGGCGACACAGACAGGCCACACCGGGCCUCCGACGGGAAGCUGCGAGGCCGGGCCAAGCGCGGCAGUGACCCCUCCCCGGCGGGGGACAAUGAGAUCGAGCGUGUGUUCGUGUGGGACUUGGAUGAGACCAUAAUUAUUUUUCACUCCUUACUCACGGGGACAUUUGCAUCCAGAUAUGGGAAGGACACCACGACGUCGGUGAGGAUCGGCCUGAUGAUGGAAGAAAUGAUCUUCAACCUCGCCGACACGCACCUCUUCUUCAACGAUCUGGAGGACUGCGACCAGAUCCACGUCGACGACGUUUCGUCCGAUGACAACGGCCAGGAUUUAAGCACGUACAACUUCUCGGCCGACGGCUUCCACAGCUCGGCCCCGGGAGCGAGUCUGUGCCUGGGCUCUGGGGUCCACGGUGGCGUGGACUGGAUGAGGAAGUUGGCCUUCCGCUACCGGCGUGUGAAGGAGAUGUACAACACGUACAAGAACAAUGUGGGCAGCUUGAUCGGGGCGCCCAAGAGAGAGACGUGGCUGCAGCUCAGAGCCGAGCUGGAAGCGCUGACCGACCUCUGGCUGACGCACUCGCUGAAGGCCCUCAACCUCAUCAACUCCCGACCCAACUGUGUCAAUGUGCUGGUCACCACCACCCAGCUCAUCCCCGCGCUGGCCAAAGUUCUGCUGUACGGACUGGGCUCCGUGUUCCCCAUCGAGAACAUUUACAGCGCAACCAAGACAGGCAAGGAGAGCUGCUUUGAGAGGAUCAUGCAGCGCUUCGGCCGGAAAGCCGUCUACAUCGUGAUCGGGGAUGGGGUGGAAGAGGAGCAGGGAGCGAAAAAGCACAACAUGCCUUUCUGGCGGAUAUCCUGCCACGCGGACCUGGAGGCGCUGAGACACGCCCUGGAGCUGGAGUAUUUAUAGCAGCCCCCGACGCCUGCCCUGCUGCGUCCCCUCACUCGCCGGAUGCUGGACGCCAGGCACGGCCUCGGCGGGGCAGAGGACGCCUCUGGUGGCCAUCUCGGUCCCAGCAAAGUCCUGAGACGCCGAGCGCCCGGCAGCGGCUCUGGACUGCUGGACUCGGGGGCCAGGGAUGGGUCUGGCGCGUGGACGUCUCUGGAAGGCUCAGAGGAAGCAGGGGGCGCCACGGAGGUGCCGGGGGCUGGCGUGAGGGGGGCCGGGCAGGGUUCUUUUCCUUUCUAAUUUAUGGACGAUCUCAUCCCUCGGGUGUUCUGCUCGCGUUCCUGUGUCGUUGGUUUUCUCAGUCCUGGGUUGGUUCGGGGGUUUCUGGGGGCACGUGGGCGGUGCACGGGUCUGGCGGGGCCUCUCUGCUCGGGCCGUGUUCUGGGACAAUCAUUCUCUGUUGGCAGGGCGGCGUGGUGGGGCUGUCGGGAGGCUCUUGCUUAUUCUGUGUUUCUCCAGACCUGACAGCGUGUGGACAGUCUCGUGCCUUAAGCUGCCGUCUUGUUUUCUAGGAAGAGGGGAGCUUGGGAGGAGGUGGUACUUUGUGACGGAUCAAAGGCAUUAAAUAAAACCAGGUUUACAUUUUGAA